AUGGCAUCUCUGGAAGCUGCCGAUAUUCCCGCUGAUGGGACUGGUGUUCUCAAGCUCGACCCGUGGCUGGAACCUCAUGUCGACGUGCUGAAGCACAGAUACAGCUUGGUCAAAAAGUGGACCAACGAUAUUGAUCAGUCUGAAGGUGGUUUGGACAAGUUUAGCAAGGGUUAUGAAACAUUUGGCCUCCACGCACAGCCAAAUGGCGAUAUCACAUACCGCGAGUGGGCGCCUAAUGCCGUGCAGGCAUCCUUAGUUGGCGAUUUCAACAACUGGGAUACCAAUGCGAAUACUAUGACCAAGGAUAACUUUGGGGUCUGGAAUGUCACUGUGCCUGCGAAAGGUGGUGCGCCAGCUAUUCCCCACGACAGCAAGAUCAAGAUCACAAUGGUUCUCCCCAGCGGCGAGCGUGUAUACCGAAUCCCAGCCUGGAUCAAGCGUGUCGUCCAAGACCUGAACGUCUCCCCAGUAUAUGACGCCGUAUUCUGGAACCCCCCUGCCAACGAGCGCUACAGCUUCAAGCACACGGCGCCCAAGAAGCCCGAGAGUCUGCGUAUCUAUGAAGCCCACGUUGGCAUCUCCUCCCCGGAUACCCGGGUUGCUACUUACAAAGAAUUCACGAAGAACAUGCUGCCUCGCAUCAAGAAUCUGGGAUACAACGCUAUUCAGUUGAUGGCCAUCAUGGAGCAUGCAUACUACGCUAGCUUCGGCUACCAGGUUAAUAACUUCUUUGCGGCUAGCAGUCGCUAUGGGUCUCCUGAGGACCUGAAGGAGCUUAUUGAUACCGCGCAUAGCUUGGGCUUGGUUGUCCUGCUUGAUGUGGUGCACAGCCAUGCGUCGAAGAAUGUCGCAGAUGGUAUCAAUGAGUUUGACGGUACCGAUCACCUUUACUUCCACGAGGGUGGUAAGGGUCGUCAUGACCAGUGGGAUAGUCGACUGUUCAACUAUGGAAACCAUGAAGUGCUGCGCUUCCUCUUGAGUAACCUUCGUUUCUGGAUGGAAGAGUACCGGUUUGAUGGAUUCCGAUUCGAUGGAGUCACUAGUAUGCUCUACGUCCACCAUGGAAUUGGCAGCGGCUUUUCUGGCGGAUACCAUGAAUACUUCGGUCCGUCCGUUGACGAAGAAGGUAUCACAUACCUGACUCUUGCCAACGAAAUGCUGCACAAGCUCUACCCCAACUGCAUCACGGUUGCAGAAGAUGUCUCCGGCAUGCCAGCCCUGUGUCUCCCCCACGCACUCGGCGGUGUCGGCUUCGACUACCGCCUCGCAAUGGCCGUCCCAGACCUGUACAUCAAGCUCCUGAAAGAAAAGGAAGAUUCCGAGUGGGACAUCGGCAACCUAGCCUUCACAUUAGUAAACCGCCGACACGGCGAGAAGACCAUCGCCUAUGCCGAGAGCCACGACCAAGCUCUGGUCGGCGACAAGACCCUUAUGAUGUGGCUCUGCGACAAAGAACUCUACACACACAUGUCCACGCUGAGCGAAUUCACCCCCAUAAUCGAGCGCGGCAUGGCCCUGCACAAAAUGAUCCGCCUGAUAACCCACGGCCUAGGCGGCGAAGGCUACCUCAACUUCGAAGGCAACGAAUUCGGACACCCCGAAUGGCUCGAUUUCCCCCGCGAAGGAAACGGCAAUUCCUUCUGGUACGCCCGUCGCCAGCUGAACCUCACAGAGGACAGCCUGCUGCGGUACAAGUUCCUCAACGACUUUGACCGCGCGAUGCAGGUCAGCGAGGAGAAGUAUGGGUGGUUGCAUUCUGCGCAGGCGUAUAUCAGCUUGAAGAACGAGGAGGAUAAGGUUCUGGUCUUUGAGCGGGCGGGUUUGCUUUGGAUCUUUAAUUUCAGUCCUACUGAGAGCUUUACGGAUUAUCGGGUUGGCGUUGAUGUGCCGGGCACUUAUCGCAUUGUUCUUGAUACGGAUGAGAAGCAGUAUGGUGGUUUGGGGAGGAAUGUUAAGGAGACGAGGUUCUUUACGACGGAUAUGCCGUGGAAUGGUCGGGCUAACUUCACGCAGGUCUAUCUUCCUACGCGGACUGCUUUGGUCCUGGCUUUGGAAGAGACUCUGUAA